AUGAUUGACACUAGUCACCAGAAUACUGCACUAGGAAUCGUGGUCGCAUUUCCGAUUAUCGGCGGUCUUUCGAUUGUCUUGCGGCUUUGGAGUCGCUAUUUAAAGCGCUCUGCCCUAUCCGGUGGGAGCAAAUGUAUUGACGAAGGUGCCUUCUACGUGUCGACGGCGGCAUUGAAUCUUUUCACAGAUUGCUUGGUCCUUUCGAUCCCGAUCAUCAUUACCGUGAAAUUACAGAUGCCGAUCAGGAAGAAAAUUGCUGUCUGUCUGAUUCUAUGUCUGGGAGGAGUUGCGACCGCCAUUGGAGUCUGGCGUAUCAUCAUCCUUGCUCAAGCCUUCCUCUCGAAAACAGUCAGUCCAGACGCAACCUACUCGAUCGGUUUCUGCAGCUUCGCCAUUGAAGUAAACGUCGCCGUCGUCACAGCUUGCGGCCCAUCUAUGAAAGCCAUCGCGAACAGAUACCUACCCCGACUCCUCGGCACAUCACGGAAUGCAGGGACAUCGGGCUACGGAGCGGGAACGAGCGGCUCUCGCAAGUUCCCGGGAUCACGCAUGUUCUCAACUCACAAGGCAUCGCAGCUGCAAUCCGAUGCAGAGGAAAAUUACGAAAUGGCGGAUCCCCAUGGUGUAAACCGUGUGGAUAUAAAUGCCGCUCGCGACUUCGAUAUGCGCAAGUACAAGCACCACGGCGAUAGUCUUAGUAUCUCAAGGGGGAGUGAAGAUGGCGUUGCUGGUAUUUUGAAAACUACGAAUGUGACUGUUCGUUAUACUUCUGGAGAGGUCACGCCUACGCUGGACGAUAGCCGGUCGCGGGCCGAAAAACAUUCCAGUGUGGAUAGUUUGGUGUGA